AUGGGUAAGGACCAGGGUGAUCAUUUGACUAAUUUGCGGUCAGUCUUUAACAGAUUUCGCGAAUAUGGUCUGAAGUUCAAACCCAAGAAAUGUGAACUGUUUCAAACAAAGGUGGAAUUUCUGGGUAGAGUGAUAGGUCCCAACAGGGUAGAGAUUGGUACUGUAUAUGCCGACAGUGUUCGGGAGUGGCCUAUUCUCCGGUGCACAAGGGAAGUAGAGAGCUUUUUGGGCUUUGCCAACUACCAUCGCAAUUUCAUAGCUAACUUUGCGGAAAUUGCAGUCCCCUUGUACGAGAUCACGGGUAAAAAAGCAUUUAUGUGGGGACCUGCUCAGGAGGCAGCUUGGGUUAAGCUAAAAGAUGCACUGGUAUCCACUCCGGUGCUAACUUUGCCCAACAAAGAUGACCCAUUCAUAUUUGAUACGGAUGCGUCGGACAAGGCAAUAGGGGCAGAUUUGUCUCAGCUGCAAAACGGCACCGAAAGAACGGUUGCUUAUGCCAGCUGUAGCCUCACCUCCGAACAGAAAAAAUACUGUACUACCCGGAAAGAAUUGUUGGCGGUUGUAAAGUUUACCCGUCAGUUCCGCCACUAUCUGCUGGGUAGGAGGUUCUUAGUGCGAACUGAUCAUAACAGUUUAACCUGGUUGUUAAACUUUGAGCAACCACAAGGUCAAUUAGCCAGAUGGUUAGAUGAACUGCGUCAAUAUAACAUGCAGAUUCAACACCGACCCGGUAAGCAGCACAUGGACGCUGAUGCCUUAUCACGACUGCCUUUAUCACAACCAUGCCCAGAAUUUAAGGCAGGUGUCAGACUACAAGACUUGCCUUGUGGGGGCUGCAAGUAUUGUGUACGAGCCAAUGAUAAUUGGGGCUCGUUUUUUGACAACGUAGAUGAUGCAGUACCUUUAGCCACCAGGGUGGAUCAACUGACACUGGUACGGCAGGUGGUUUCCGCUGUGACUGAGAGUGCGUCAGUGGUGCAGAGUACUGAGUUCCAGCAGUUGCUCACUGGGGGUAUUGAGUUCGACCUCCAGCCCCAGAGUACAGGGCCAUUGUGUACACAUAUAGAUGUAGGUGUGGUCCCUAACAAAGUGCUGUCAGUAACUAUUACUGAGGACAGUUCGGGUGACAACUCCUUUGUGGGGUACUCGGCUGACCAGAUGAAGGAAAAGCAGCGUGAGGAUCGGGGUUUGAGACAGGUUAUCCAAUGGUUGGAGACGCAGGUAGUACCCAGUGAGGCAGAAUUGUUUCUGGGUGACCGUGAAUCCAAGUGCUAUUGGAUUAACCGGGACACGUUUCAUUUAGAUGAACGUGGUGUACUGUACAAACGAAUUGUGGAUGAUUCGGGGAGCAGAGAACUGCUAGUUGUACCCCAUUCCUUGCGACGGGAGUGGCUCAGGGUAAAUCACGACAUUCCAGCAUCAGGACACCAGGGCGUGGAACGUACCAAAUGCAGAAUGCGUGCCAGGUAUUAUUGGUACGGUAUGUCUAGGGCUGUAAAAAACGUUUUGUUUACCUGUGUACAGUGUAACCGUUGUAAGAAGGGUAAUAGGAAGGCGAGGAGCCCCAUGAAACAGUUUCAUGCGGGGGUUCCUAUGGAGAGGGUACAUCUCGAUUUCCUGGGACCAUUACCCAAGACUGAAAAUGGUAAUGAGUAUGUACUCAUGAUGGUAGACCAGUUUACAAAGUGGGUAGAGUGCAUACCAUUGCCAUCCCAGACAGCUGAGGUGACAGCAAGGGCAGCUAUCAAUGAGGUUUUCUCGAGAUUUGGUUACCCUUUUGAAAUAUUCACUGAUCAGGGGAGAAAUUUUGAAUCGGAGCUAUUUCAAGAAGUGUGUAAAUUGCUCCAUAUUCAUAAAGCCCGAACCACACCUUAUCGUCCAUCUGCUAACGGACAGGUCGAACGGUACAACCGUACACUCAUGGAUGCUGUUCGAUGCUAUAUUGACAAAUCUCAAACCCGGUGGGAUGAUAACCUGGCUCAGUUGGCAGGGGCCUUACGCUCUGCGGUAAACCGCCACACAGGUUACACUCCUAAUCACCGUAUGCUGGGUAGAGAGGUCAAUCAACCUGCAGAUCUCAUGUUCAGGCCCCCUGUAGGGAAGCAGCCGGCACAUGUUGAUGAGUAUGUGGCCCAGCUUGAAGAAUCCAUCAGGAGUGCGCAUGAACUGGCUAGGGAUAAGUUGGGUGAGUCCCAGAAAAGAAUGAAAAGGGACUAUGACCUGAGAACAGCAGAACACAAGUAUUCCAAAGGGGACUAUGUGUAUGUGUUGGACACGGCUGUUCUUAAAGGGGACAACAAAAAACUUAGCCCACCAUGGAAAGGUCCUGGACUGAUAAGGGAAUGCAUUUCCCCUUAUUUGUACAAAGUACAACUCCGUAAAGGAGUGUCAGUGAUCAACCAUGACCGAUUAAAAUUGUGUAAAGAUCGGAGGGUACCACCAUGGUUAGAUCGGGCAAAAGGGGAGUUACUGGGCCAGAAGAAGGAAACAACAGAACAGGGUGGGGGAGUGACGCUAGCCGAGGUGGACCCAUCACCUCAAGAGGAGCCAGCCGAGGUGGACCUAUCACCUCAAGAGGAGCCAGCCGAGGUGGGGCUACCACCCCAAGAGGAGCCAUCCGAGGUGGGCCCAUCACCUCAUGAGGAGCCAGCCGAGGUGGAGACAUCACCUCAAGAGGAGCCAGCCGAGGUGGGGCUACCACCCCAAGAGGAGCCAGCCGAGGUGGGCCCAUCACCUCAUGAGGAGCCAGCCGAGGUGGAGACAUCACCUCAAGAGGAGCCAGCCGAGGUGGGGCUACCACCCCAAGAGGAGCCAGCCGAGGUGGGCCCAUCACCUCAUGAGGAGCCAGCCGAGGUGGGCCCGCCAUCUCAUGAGGAGUCCGUCGAGGUGGGUGUGUCGCCUUGGGAAGAGGACCUGGGGGAGGUAAGUGUGUCUCCACCGGCGGCGGCGGGGUCGUCACUCCAAUUGGAGGAUUCCCUGCCCGAUAUCCCCCCUUUCUGUUUUCCCAGGCUGAUAGACUUAAAGGAGGGCUCUCCCCCUCCAGGAUUCUUACCCCGGGGGAGACGACGGGGAAUCUUGGGGGCAUGGGAAAGGGGAAAGUUGCCUACAUUCGGGUUUCUCAUGUCCAGUCCGGGACUGUCCAGGCCGAUUCUGUCCAGGUUUCCACUGGGGGUGGCCUUACCCCGGCCUCCACCGGGGUUGGGCUCGCCCAGAUCUCAGUUAGGUCUGUGUUCCCCCCGACCCACCUCACCGGAAUCGACCGAGUCGGUUUCGCCCAAGGAUGCUGGGCGUACGCCCUGA